AUGGAGACCGCAUCCCAGCCUCCCCCGCCUCCUGCGCUCACAAAUCCUCGCUUCACCCUCGAGCUCGAAUUCGUUUCCUCGCUGGCCAACCCUUACUACCUGUCUCACCUGGCGGUCAACUAUCCGAACCUGCUGGGGAUCGCGCGCUCGGAAGACAACGAUGGCGACACUGCCUCUGCCCCAGAUGCGCAGGCCUUUGCCGCCUACCUGGCUUACCUAUACUCUUACUGGAAGACCCCGGAAUACUCGCAGUUCUUAACCCACCCCGGUCCAACCUUACGCGCACUUCGCCUGCUUCAGGAGGAGACCUUCCGCCGAGAUAUCAUCUUGCCUCAGGUGAUUGAAGGGUUGGCUGGGUCUAAUACUAUGCCAGAAGCCGCACCUGUCACCGAGGGCGAUGCUACUGCUGAGGUGGAAAAGCAGGAACCGAAUGGCUCCAAGACCUGA